AUGCAGAAUGAAUUUGCCAAGUACCUCAAAUGUCAAGCAGAGUCAGCGUUUGGAUUUCCGGAACAGGAUGUCAUUCACUUCAUUAACAACAACGGCCUUUCGAAAGAGGAAGCUCGUGAUUUCAUGCUUUUCCUUACGUUUGUGAAUCAAACCGAAGACACAGAUGACGACAAUAUGGGUGUUAUACUAAAUGCCACCGUGCUGACUGCCCUGGUAACGCGUUUAAACAAAAGUGCAACGGAGAACGAGGAACUCCCUAAUACAGUCCGUCCAAAAGUUCUUUAUUCUUCUCGUUCAGUUGAUAAGCCAUCGAUCUCGUUAUCGGAUACUAUUCCAUCCCUUCCACGUAUUAAUUCUAUAGGAUUCAGGCAUACAAGCGCAAGACACAAUGAUGUGAAAUACUAUCCGAACAUCAUAUGUCUCAUUUGUAAGGAAUGGGUCUGCUCACGUAGCCGAGUCUUCGUCUUCUUCAGAGGUGAUGAUCCGAGUCGGUUAUCCAUGGCAGUUCAUCUUCGCGUUGGUGGUCUUCGUAGUUGUAUCAAGUUGAAUCUUCUUGAUUGGAACACCGAUCGAAUAAAACGACUUCACAUUGGUGCACACCUCGACUAUCGCAAAUAUAAGUGUUCAUCUUGCGCCUUCAGUCACAGUAAGGAAAUCUUUGUAGCGGCACAUAUCCGACGAUAUCACGAUGGUGGAGGAUUCGUUAUUCAGCAUUGUGAUUCUUUCACGGAGGAGAGGAUUGAAUGCAUAUGUAAUGAAAGCAUUGCAAUGACAAAAGAUGUGCUUAGUGGUAGCUAUGAUGAGAACUCGUAUGCCGAUUAUUCAAGGAUUAUUACGCUUCGCAGUCGAAUUAGGAAUAAGGAGCGAAGCACUCGAACUAAGAUUCUGAGCGCCGUAAGAGAUGCAAGAAACAGGCAAUGA